GGUUCUGAGGCAGCAGGUCCUUUUAUGYCCAAUUCUUCUCAAGGAUUAAGGUUUCAAUUCCCAUAUUCAAUAGCUGGUUUUUCUGGGCUAUGCCCGUGCUAUUCUGUUGGUAUCUACUUUUAUAUGUUAGAAGAAAGAGAAUAGCUGGAGAGAUCGAUCUGGGGACGACUAAAUAGGACGAUUCCUGGCAAAGAAAAAGAAAGAGAGAGAUGAAGGAAACUAGUAAUAGCAGUGAAGGUUCCAAGACUAAUCAUUCUGACAAGCAUGAGGACGAGGAGGAAGACGAAGAGGUAGACUGCAAUGACAAGCCUAAAAACGGAGGGAGCUCCAGCAACAGUACAGUUGAGGAGAAUGAGAAGAAGGCCGGAACUGGGUCCGUCCGACAGUAUGUCCGUUCCAAGAUGCCAAGACUCCGUUGGACGCCUGAUCUCCAUCUUUGCUUUGUUCACGCUGUUGAAAGACUUGGUGGACAAGAUCGAGCCACGCCUAAGCUAGUACUUAAUCUGAUGAACAUCAAAGGUCUUACCAUCGCUCAUGUCAAGAGUCAUCUACAAAUGUACCGGAGCAAGAAGAUAGAUGACGCCGGUCAAGUGAUAACCGAUCAGCAAAGGCAUUAUGUGGAAGCUGCAGAUCGCCACAUAUACAACCUAAGCCAACUACCCAUGCUGCAAGGGUUUAAUCAAAGACCUGCGUCCAGUUUCAGAUAUGAAGAGGCUUCAUGGAAUAACCAUGGCAAUUGGAUGAGUAAUCCUUAUAUAGGAGAAGCUACAAAUCGACCAUCUGGGUUUUACAGUUCAGUGGCCACGAGGAACUUCAGCCUCAACAGCAGCAAGGCACCAAAUCGUGAUGAUUUUCAAAUGGGUAGUUCUCCUUUUGGACAUUCUAUCAAGAUGACCCAUGAAACUCGGGGGGAUUUCUCAUUGUUUAGGCAACAUGAAUCAUGGCAAACUCCAACAUUCAGACCAAGUCCAAUUACUAAGCCCAACCCCACGACACAGUUCCGAGGAAGCGGGUUGGAGCAAGCGGUUCGUUUGAACAAUAGCAUUACCCCAGAGACAAACUGGAGGAUAGCUGUUGAAGAGAAAAACCCAGGAAAGAGAAAGGCUUCAGAUUGUGACCUUGACUUGAAUCUCUCUCUAAAGAUAGCUUCAAGGCAUGAUGAGUGCCCCAGAAGUUCAGAAGAUGUUGGAGUUGGUAGUAGUUUAUCUCUUUCUUUGUUCCCAUCACCACCUUCAUCCUCAAGGCUUAGCAGGUUGAAAGAAGGAGAUGAUAGUAGGAAUAAGCAUGCAAGAACGGCAAGUACUCUGGAUCUGACUAUAUGAAUGCUGUGUAUUCUUAGUGAGAUGUUGAGGUACUUGUCAACGAGAAUAUAUUAUAUAGAGAUCACUGGCCUGGACCAUACAAGAAAGGCGUAUUCAUACAUUAAUGCUAAUGCUCAGAUUACACACCAAGCAAAUACAAUCAGUAGAAAAGUGAAACAAAGAGGACUGAAGCACAGGCCAAGCUGCUGAAACAAAAGAAGACCACAGGAAGAGAGACUCAUGAAGGUUUUGGACCUUCUGUUUUGGUCUUUAAGCUAGUUUACUACUGAUACUUUUGAUCAUUUUUAAUUAAUUAGGUUGGUGCAAUUAGCAGAACUAUUGGAAUGGAAUCAUCAUGAGUUAUGAGU